ACGAACGGUCACUCAAUCAUCAAUACGCUUUGGCAGCGCGCAAAUCGAAGAACGAACGGCAUAUUUUUUUUAACACUGUCUCCGUGUGUGUGUGAGUGCGUCCGAGUGUUUGUUUGUGUGUGUGUAUUGGCAAAGGAAAUUAGCACAACAAAAGCGAAAAGGAAAAGGAAACGAACACGCACUCACCUCGUCACGCGGAUAAAACUAUUCGAUCCGAUCAGAAAUCGUCUGUAAUAUAAUCGCAAUUUGCAAUGUCGACCGAAGCGGAAUCGCAGCAAAGUCAGGAGACAAAUGGAACCAGUAAAUUUGAUGUGCCCGAGAUAGAACUGAUCAUAAAGGCCUCGACCAUCGAUGGCCGGCGGAAGGGCGCCUGUUUGUUCUGCCAGGAGUACUUCAUGGACCUGUACCUGCUGGCCGAGCUGAAGACUAUCAGCCUGAAGGUGACGACGGUGGACAUGCAGAAGCCCCCGCCAGACUUUCGCACCAACUUUGAGGCCACACACCCGCCAAUCCUUAUCGACAACGGUCUGGCCAUUCUCGAGAACGAGAAGAUCGAGCGGCACAUCAUGAAGAACAUCCCGGGCGGCUACAAUCUCUUCGUGCAGGACAAGGAGGUGGCCACGCUGAUCGAGAACCUGUACGUCAAGUUGAAGCUGAUGCUGGUAAAGAAGGACGAGGCCAAGAACAACGCCCUGCUCUCGCAUCUCCGCAAGAUCAACGAUCACCUUGCCACGCGCAACACGCGAUUCCUCACCGGCGACACCAUGUGCUGCUUCGACUGCGAGCUGAUGCCGCGCCUCCAACACAUCCGUGUUGCGGGCAAGUACUUUGUCGACUUUGAGAUCCCGACGCACUUGACGGCGCUGUGGCGGUACAUGUAUCACAUGUACCAGCUGGAUGCCUUCACACAAUCGUGCCCGGCCGACCAGGACAUCAUUAAUCACUACAAGUUGCAACAGAGUCUCAAAAUGAAGAAGCACGAAGAGCUAGAGAUGCCCACGUUUACCACAUCCAUUCCAAUUGAUAUUUCGGAGUAGGUUUCCUAAGGAGCAGAGCCAUGCAGCCACACAUCAACUUAUAGUACAGCAACCACAAUAUUUUGGACAACUUUACAACAGCAGCAACUCUGAGGACUAUACAUAGAUGUAUAUUUAACGGAUAAAAUUACCCAAGCAUAUAUUAUAUAUAUAUACCUACUAUAUAUAACGAGUACAUAACAAGCAUAACAA